AGACCUCAACCCCUCCAUGUGACUAAUUCCACAAUUCUGUCCCUACCCAUCCCUUUUAUAUAUGUACCAUUCAUCCAUACAUCCUUAAUUAAGUUCUUUAUCCUUUUUCAUUUUCGAGUCGAUCCUUCUCUCGCCGUCUCCUUCUUUCAAUAGAUUGUUGCACCAAAGAGAUGUGUAGCUCAAAGUCUAAAUCACAAGACCAUUGUAAUCAUGAUGGUAGCACCUCGCCAACUUGUGUUAAUAAGCGCCGGGUUCUUCAACCCAACUGUAAUCGCGUCCCUUCAUUGGAAAGACCAAAUUCGCCGCUUAAAAAGACUGCAACUGCCAAAGUGAGGCCGCCCUCAUCGACUGCCACAGCCACCACACCGGUCUCUCCUAAGCUGAAAUCUCCAAGACUGCCAGCUAUCAAGAGAAGUAAUGAUUUGAACUCGAGUAUUGACAGGCUCAUCGUGACACCAAAAUCCUCGAAUAUUAAAGCUUCUAGUGCAAUAGUAGUGAAGAAGUCCAAGAAAUCAUCAGGUAUCCCUCAAUCUGGCGAUAAUGGUUCGUUGAAAUGCUCUUCCAGCUCCCUCAUAGUCGAGGCACCUGGAAGCAUAGCGGCAGCUAGAAGAGAACAAGUUGCAAUUAUGCAAGAGCAAAGAAAAUUGCGUAUCGCGCAUUAUGGAAGAACUAAAUCAAUUAAGAAGGUCGUUCCUGAUAAUAAUAAUAAUAAUCAUCGCCAUCAUUCUUCUUCGGUUACUAAUAAUGCUGCCGUUCGAGAUCAAGAAAAGCGAUGCACUUUCAUCACUCCAAAUUCAGACCCAAUAUAUGUUACCUACCAUGACGAAGAAUGGGGAGUACCCGUCCACGAUGAUAAGCUGCUGUUUGAAUUGUUGGUGUUAAUUGGUGCACAACUCGGAUCAGAUUGGACUUCAGUGUUAAAGAAAAGACAAGACCUCAGGGAUGCAUUUUCAGGAUUUGAUGCAGAAAUUGUUUCAAAAUUUUCCGAAAAGAAGAUAAAUUCGAUUAAUACUGAUUGUGGAAUAGACUUGAGUCAAGUCCGAGGUGUAGUCGACAACUCCAACAGAAUUCUCGAGAUCAAGAAGGAAUUCGGAUCGUUUGAGAAAUACGUGUGGAGAUUUGUGAACAACAAACCCAUAGCAACGAAGUACAAAUCAUGCCACAAAAUCCCAGUGAAGACUUCGAAAUCGGAAUCCAUAAGCAAGGACAUGGUUAGGAGGGGCUUUCGAUUAGUCGGCCCGACCAUCAUACACUCGUUCAUGCAGGCCGCUGGCCUCUCAAACGACCACUUAAUCACCUGCCCACGACACCAUCAUUGUGUUCAAGUUGCGCAAGCAUCAUUCCUUCUGUAAUCACAUUGGUUCGAGAUCAAAUUAUGUUUUUUUAAAUAAACCGACCGACCAAAAGCUGAUUAAUUAGUUGAUUGCCUAACAUAGUCGAUUCCUUUUGGAUUAUAGGUUUGAUGAAGUGAGUGUUUAUUAGCUUAUAAUUAAUGAGAGAGUUACCUAAACUAAAAAUGAAUUAGGGAGGAAGGAAUAAAGAAGGUAAGAGUGUUGGUGGGAAACAGAGUGCAUGUGGUCAUGUGUUGGGUCCAUGAAUGCAUGUGCCUGAGAAUAGCACAUCCACAUCUUUAUCUCCAUUAUUGCUUGCUUUUCUUUUUCUCUAUUAGGGGAUUUUAAUUUCAGAUUUAUUUGAGUUUUUUGUAUUGUUUGCUUGUAUUUAUGUAAUGUAAUGUAUACUUUGAAUUGUGAAUGACAACUAUGCAAGUAUCUCUUUUCAUUUCUA